AUGGGAAAGCACGACUUCCUGACGCCCAAGGCCAUCGGCAUCCGCAUGAAGGCGAAAGGGCUCCAGAAGCUCCGCUGGUUUUGCCAGGUGUGUCAAAAACAAUGUCGAGAUGAAAAUGGCUUUAAAUGCCACACGACCUCUGAGGCCCAUCAACGACAAAUGUUGAUCGUCGCAAAUAACCCGAACAAAUUUAUGAGCGGCUACAGUGAAAUGUUCGAGGAGGCAUUCCUCGAGAACUUGAGACGCCGUCACGGCACCAAGAGGAUGCGAGCCACUCAUGUCUACAAUGAAUAUAUCUCUGACAAAUUGCACACCCACAUGAAUGCGACGCAGUGGACGACGCUCGGCGGCUUCGUGCAGUACUUGGGGCGCACAGGCAAGUGCGUGGUGGACGAGACGGAGAAAGGCUGGCACAUCCAAUACAUUGACAGGGAUCCAAAGGCGAUUGCGAGGAAGCAAGAGCUGGAGAAGAAGACGAAAGCGGAACUUGACCACGACGAGAGGAACAGACUGUUCAUUGAACGACAACUGAAAAUUGCCAGCGGAAACGAGGGCGCCAAGACGCAACACCAACCCACAAAGUUACAGCGGGGGGAGAACGGAGAGAAGAUCAAAAUGUCACUGGGGUCGAAGAGAGAAGAGGCUGAGUCGGAGGGGAAGCGCUCGAGUAAGAGGCACGCGGUGGAUGCUAUAAUGGAGGAAACUGAGCGACGCAAGAAGGAGAAGAGUCGACGACUGGAAGAAGAGUCGAAGCGACAGCGAGAAGAGAACUGGGUCACUAGUGGCAUUGUGGUCAAGGUGAUGAACAAGAAGGUCGGUGGUGGUGCGUACUACAAGUGCAAAGGAGUGGUGAAGGAUGUGAGGGAUCAGUUCUGCGCUACGGUGGAGCUGAUGGAUUCUGGAGACGUGCUACGACUCGAUCAGGAUGAUCUGGAGACUGUCAUCCCGAAACCAGGACGCAAGGUCAAGGUAGUCAACGGACUUGGACGGGGCUGUACGGCGAAGCUACUGGACAUCUCAGUUAAUGACUACUGCGCUCGCAUCCGAAUUGACUCUGGGUCGCAUCGAGGAGAGGUGUUAGAUCGAGUAGAGUACGAAGACAUUUGCAGGCUAGCUGAUGAAUAA